UUUUUUUUUUUUUUUUCUUUCUGUAAUGGAAUCCGAAUUAAUAUCCACACUUGACAAUUUAGCAAAUAAAGAAGGUGUGAAAGGCGUCUUAGUAGCCGACGAAAAGGGUCUCUGUUUAGGAGUGCGAGGUAUUGCAAAACCCGAAACAGCAGCAUUCAUCACUUCCCUAGCCAACACAGCACGUCAUCUCGAGCAUACCCACGAAGACAAAGUUGAAUGUCCUACCAUGAACGUCGAAUACGAAAACAAUCAAAUCGUGAUUCGAAACGAAGGAACUUUUACAUUAGCUAUAUUCAUGUAGAUUAGGACUGUAUAAUACACU